AUGAGAAUCAUUGCCAUAACGGGAGGUAUAGGAAUGGGGAAAACGGCUCUAUUAAAUAUCCUGGAGGCGAAAGGCCAUGCAACAAUCAAUACUGAUGACCUGGUUCAUGAAAUAUUGGGAGGAGAAGACAUAAGUAGCCUACGCCAAAGGUUCUUUACUGAUACGAAAUUCAGAAAAGCCCAUGAGAAAAGGAUAAGACCAAAGUUAUAUGCAAAGAUGGCCAAGAGGAUAAUAUGUCUACUUCUCGCAGGGCAUUCAGUUAUAUUCAUCGAGAUUCCAUUACUGUUUGAGCUAGAUCUUCACCACUACUUUUACACGAUAGUAGUUGCUUGUGAUAAGAACCUUCAAAUCGAGAGGGGAGGGAAAAUAACUUAUUUCAAGGAGAGAUUGGCCCUUCAAAUACCUAUAGAAAGGAAGGUUGAGCUUGCUCAGAAAGUUAUAUAUAACAAUGGGGACAUCGACAACCUAAUAGACAGUGCUAGUAACAUCUGCUUUUCUGGAUCGAGUAUUUAUUGCUGCCUAUUAAUUAUAUCAACUGUAAUUCUUCUUAUGGUUUGUGAAUAG